AACGCUCUGCGCAUUGUUUACAACGCUUGACAAGCCUGUAGUUCGCCGCGCUUCGGGGCGCGCAUGGCCCCGAGUCGAGAGCGGGGCGGAGGGCCGGCUCCCGGCCAGCAGCGGCCGCAGGGCCAGGCUGCAGGUGGUCGGGGUGGCGGCCGGGGUCCACACGGUGGUGGCCGCGGCGCAAACCCAAAUGCUUCGGUAGCCAAAAAGUCUCAUGAUAAUGGAAAUGCCCCUCAACAACAAACACAGCAAAGUCAGGGCGGAGCAGCUCCAGCGGCGGAACCUGCCAAGCAAGGCGGCUGGGGUUCCGGCACAUCAUUUAAGGACAAGCUGAUGGCUCCCAAGCAGGAGCCUGUGCCUGCUCCUGCGCCUGUUGCUCCUCCAGUUGCAAAGGAUUCCGCCGCCAAGCCAGCGGCAAGUGGUCCCGAUGCUACAAAGCCGGCUGCUGCAGGUGCAGCCGCACCCGCACCUGCCACUGGGCCACGCCCAUGCGCAACUGCGGUAACUACGGCGGUUGCGGCUCCAGGUCCCGAUGCCAGCGACAUUCAGUUUGGCAGCUUUAUGGAUGGCGAGGUUGCGCAGGGCAAAGAGCAGCCGGCGGUGCCACAGGGUCCGCUGCCGACCGCUGUGCCCACGGCCGUUGAGGCAGUCCGCCACCAAUCGCGUCAGGUUAUUCGAACCAAUAGUGCGCCUGCUUCGGCGAACCCGGCACAGGAGGGUGCGCGUGACGGGCCCAUCUUUGUGCCCCAUAAGAUGGAGCGCAGCAACCAGCAGCCCAGCAGGAUGGCAGCAGCAGCAGCGGCUCCGGUUGAUGUGCCCCAGCCUAGCGCAGUGCAGGAGGUUGCAGUGCCCGUGAUCGUGCCCGCAGCAGCUCCCCCAGUCGUGAUCGCACCCGCCCCCAUUCCGGUAGCAGUUCCAGUUCCCGCACCGCGUGAAGCUCCUCCUCCGCAGCGGCAGCAGCAGCAGCAGGGCCCCCACGCUGAGCGGCCGCACGGGCGCCACGACCGGCAGAGCCACGGUACCGGUCCCCUGCCGUACGCGCACGUCGGCGGCGGCCCCAUGCCCCAGGCGCAGUCCGGCGGCCCUGUUGGCCCUCACCACGGCCAGCAGCGGCACCAGCACCAGCACCACCCCCCGCCACCGCCGCCGCAGCAGCAACCCGGCUACGGUCCCGGGCCGGCUGGCCAGCCGCCGCAGCCGCCGCACCACCACAUGCAGCAGCCUGGGGGGCCGCGCGGCGGCGGCCGGGGCGGUCCUGCCCCGCAGCAGGUGCCCAUGCAGGUCGCUGUGCCCGUGCAGGGCGGCUACCCGCAGCCCGCGUACGGCAUGCCGCCGUACGGCCACCAGGCGACUGCGCCCAUCAACAUGGCUCAGCAGCAGCACGGCUACGCCGCAGUGGCCGGGCAGCACAGCCACGGGCACGUCGCGGGCGCCUCCCCCGGUCAGCACAUCCCAGCGCCGCCUCCUCCGCAGUACGUGGUGGGCAGCCCCAGCCAGUACCAGCACCCGUACAUGCAGGCGGCGCCAGCCUUCUUCCCACCGGGCACUGUGAUGGGCCCCGCGCCGGUGGCCGUGCCGCUGAUGGUGCCCAUGCAGCCGCACCCGCACCCGCACCACCACGCGCCCGGGGCCCCGCAUGGCGCCCCCACGCACCUAAUGGCCACCUCACCCCCCAUGUCAGUUGGAUUCCACGUCCAGCCGCCGCAGCAGCACGCGCCACCGCCUCCCGCGUACGGCCCCGGGCCCUCCGGUCCGCAGCCCACCCCCAUGGCUAUCCCCAUCCCACCCCCCAGCGCUAGCGCCGGCAGCGGUGCCCCCAAUGCGCCGGUUGCCGCCGCCGCGCAGGCAGCCAUUAACGCAACCAAUGCAGCUGCUCCUGUGUCCGCGGUGCCCGCCGUGGUGCAGCCCCCCCAGCCGCCACCCCCGCAUGUGCCCACCGCUAGCCCUGCGCCCGUGCAGGCGCCUCCGACCAUGCCACCCGCGGCUGCGGCGACCGGCGGCGCCCCGGCUCAGCCCCCGGCUCCUGCGCCUGCUCCGCCUCCUGCGGCCGCCAGCGUGACGCCGAGCAAGCCGGUGUCCACCACGCCAGGGCCGCCCAAGCGGGUUCUGAAGAUCAUGGACCCCUCGUCGCACAAGGAGGUCAACCUCGCCACGCCGCCGCCCGCGGCUGCUGCUGGGGACGCCAAGGCCGCUGAGGGCGCCGGUGCCGCCACGUCUGCGGCUAAGCCGGUUGUGGCUCCAACUGUCCAGCCGCCCACGCCGCCUCCCAAGAAGAAGGUGCUGGAGAUUAAGGACCCCAAGCCGAAGCCGGCUCCGGAGCCCAAGCCGGCUGAGGUCAAGCCAGCUGAGCCCGCGAAGGCGCCCGAGCCCACCGCCGCACCUGCAGCCAGCGAGGCGGUGCAGCCGGCGAAGCCAGCCGAGGCGGCCGCCGCCCCGCCGGCGGAGGCUGCGGCUCCCGCUGCGGAGGCUGCCAAGGCCGAGCCCGCUGCCGCUGCUUCGGAGGCUCCUGCUAGCGCCCCAGAGGCUGCCCCCGCUGCGGCCACCCCGCCCAAGGAGCCGGCGUCCUUCCAGAUCGAUGUAGCCGACGAGGAGGAGGCUGAGGAGGCCAAGGCCCCCGCGGCUCCGGCGGCGGCUCCUGAGGCCGCGGCCCCCGCUGCUGCACCGGCCGCUGCUCCCGAGGAGGCCCCCGCUGCUCCCGCGCCCGGCACCGCGUCCGGCUCGGGCUCCGGCGACGACAGCUCCGCCCCCGGUGCCGGCGGCGCGGGUGCGGGCAGCCGCAAGAAGAACCUGAAGCAGGCCAUCCGCGACGCCGAGGCCAAGGGCGCCAACAACGACCUGCUGUCCGCCUUCCGCGAGCCGCCGCCGCCGCCCAAGCCGGAGGCCGCGGAGGCAGCCAAGACAAAGGAGGCGGCCCCCGAGGAGCCCAAGGCCGCCCCCGCCGCCCCCGUUGAGGAGGUGACGGAGCACUGGGAGGAGCGCGCCGACGAGGAGCCUGUGGCGGCUGCCGCUGCUGGCGACGGCGACAAGCGGCUGCGCUACUCGCGCGACUACCUGCUGUCCAUCGGCACGCGCGUGCUGGUGCCGCUGCCGCGCCCGCUGGACCCCUACCACCACCAGAUGCUGGUGCUAGACAAGCCGCAGGACAACACGCGCAUCGGGGCGGGCCUGGCGCUGGGCCGCGCGGGCAGCCGCGAGAUGGAGUGGGGCCGCGGGCGCGACGACCGGGGGCGCGGCGGCGACUUCCGGGGUGGAGACAUGCGCGGGGAUCGGGGUGGCGGCAUGGGCGGGGACCGUCGGGAUCGUGACGGCAUGCGGGGCGGCGGACAGGGCCGCGGGGGACCCGGCGGCAUGGACCGCAGGGGCUCAGCGAGCAUGGAGGAUGCCUGGCAGCGCCGCGGCCCUCCCCCGCCGCCCUCGCCCGGCGGCGACAUGCGCGGCGGCAGUCGGGGCAUGUCGCGGCAGGGCUCCGGCUCCACCUCUGGCUACGGCGGCGGCGGCGGCCCGGUGAACCUGCACAAGAGCGACAACCGCUGGCAGGUGGGCGUGAGCACCGCCUCGGACCAGGAGGAGGAGAAGAAGCAGAAGACGUUCAAGGGCAUCCUGAACAAGUUGACGCCCGACAACUACGAGCGGCUCAAGCAGCAGAUCCUCAGCGUGCCCAUCGAGGAGCAGAAGACGCUGGUUGGCUUCAUCAACCAGAUCUUCGACAAGGCGCUCAUCGAGACCACAUUCAGCGAGAUGUACGCCAACCUGUGCAAGGAGAUCCACCCCAACCUGCCCCAGUUCCCCUCCCCGGAGCCCAACUCCAAGCCGGUGGACUUCCGCCGGCUGCUGCUGAACAAGUGCCAGCAGGAGUUCGAGGACGGCGUUGCGGCCAUGAAGAAGGUGAAGGAGCGCGAGGAGCACAACAAGGAGGAGGCGGAGAAGGAGAAGCAGGGCAAGGAGAAGACCGCGGCUGCGGACAGCGGCAAGGAGGAGGGCGAGAUCCCCGCCUCUCCGCCCGCCGCCUCCCCCGCCGCCGCCACCGACGACGCCCGCGCCAAGGCCCAGGCUGAGGCGGCUGAGGCCGAGCGCGAGCUGAAGGCCCGGCGGCGCAUGUUGGGCAACAUCCAGUUCAUCGGUCACCUGUACAAGUGCGGUCUGCUGACGGAGCGCAUCAUCCACAGCUGCAUCGUGGCGCUGCUGAACGACGAGGCCAACCCGCGCCCCGACGACAUCGAGUGCCUCUGCAAGCUGCUCACCACGCUGGGCAAGCAGCUGGAGGAGCAGGUGAACAGGAAGGGCCCCGCCAACGGCAACCCGCUGGACGUGUACUUCCAGCGCAUGGAGCGGCUGCGGAGGGGCUCAAACCUGGACUCGCGCAUCAAGUUCGCCAUCCAGGACGUGCUGGACCUGCGGGCGGCCAGGUGGGUGUCCCGGCGCAAGGUGGAGGGGCCCAAGCGCAUCGAGGACGUGCACCGAGAGGCGCAGGCGCAGAUGGCGGCGCAGGCGUCGCGGGACCGGGAGGAGCGCUACGCGCAGAGGGGACCUGGCGGGCGUGGCGGACCGGGCAUGGGCCGCGACGCCCCCCCGCCGCCCGGCCGCUUCGGCGGCCCCGGCCCCGCGGACGAGGCUCGGCUGAUGGGUCGCGGCGAGGUGCCCCGCCCGCUGCGUGGGGCCGGCAUGGAGCGGCAGGGCAGCGCCGAGGUCAGCCUGCGGCCCUCAUCCUUCCUCACCAGCAAGCGGACCGGCAGCCCGGCCCAGCCCCCCACUGCGGCCGCUGCCAGCUCCCGUGAGCCCGCCGCGGCCGGCCGGCCUCAGCCGCCCGCCCCCGCUGCUCCUUCGGCGCCAGCUGCGCGGGAGGCGCCACCGCCGCCACCUGCGGCAAUGGACGAGGCGACAGCAAAGAAGAAGGGCGCCCUCUGGGUGAAGGAGCUGUACGAGCUCAAGGUGAAGGCGGACGCCGCGGAGAGCCUGGCCAGCCUGAAGUCCGCCGGCGCGCCCAUGGGGGUGCUGCUGGCGGCCGCCAUCCGGGAGGCCUUCGAGGUGCGCGGCAUCGACCCGGCGGCGCGCCUGGACCUGCUCAAGGAGGUGCUCGUGGAGCAGCUGACCUCCACCGAGGGGGUGCUCAACUCGUCCAUGCUGGAGGACGCGUUCGGCAGGUUCAUGGGCGAGCUGCACACCUGGGUGGAGGACAACCCCAAGGCUGCAGGUGUGGCCGCCAAGGCCAUCGGCCAGCUGGGCGCGCAGGGGCACCUGAGCCUGGGCCCCUGCCUGCGCCCCGCGCUGGAGGUGAAGGGCGGCGGCGCUGCGGACGGGGAGGACGGCGGUGACGCGUCGGACCUGCCCCCGCUGGUGGAGAGCGGCGUGGCGGGGCAGGACAUCCUGACCAACGUGCUGCAGGCGGCGUGUGACGCGGGCAGCAUGGACAAGGCGGCGGAGCUGUGGCGCGCUUCGGGUCUAGAGGCGGCUCGGUUCUUCGACAUGGAGGAGGACGCGCAGGCUCUGGCGGAGAAGUUCGCUUUCCUCUCCGGUUGACUUAGUAGGGCCGUAGCAAUACGGUGAAGCGUCCUCGUCCUGACAUGCGCUUGUACUGCGUGAUUGAAGUGGCGGGUUGCGUAUGUCAUGCGCGGCAGGUGGUGACGGUGCGGUGGGGAGGUAGUUUGUCAGUGUACGCAGCUGGGCUGUUUUGCAUGUUGUGCGAUGUUGUGCUCGGUGCGCUCCGUUUUUGAUGUCGCCGGCGCAGGUGCAGCCGUUGCACCCCGGCCGCCACCACAUGAGGGCAGCAUUGGCAUGCUUCCUAGUGCAAAGCAGGAGCGGGGUAGGGGAGUGCAAGACGGACGACAGCGUAGUUGCCUGGGAGGCUCCAUGCGUGCGUGCGCACGGCAUGGGCACGAGCACGGUAGUCGUGCAGCUUAGCAACGGGCAUCCAUCGGGGCAUUUCAGCGGCAGUGAUUGCUGGACGGCGGCUUUUCGAUAGUAGCAGCAUAGGGGCGAGUGCUAUCGUAGGAACCAGGACACACUUAUUUGGCUUGCUAGAAGGUUCACAUUCUUAUACUGAGUGGGGUCGUGUUUCUCCUUAGCCAUGGCUGGUGUGGCUGUCACUGCAUGCGGCGGAGAUACUCCCCCAUACCAGAAUUGAACCCGUCGGCAAGCUAGCCAAGAAUGAAAUGGGCAACCAGUACCACGCAUGUAAGCUAUGUCCUAGUUGUUACCUUCACCACUCUCACCCAGGCCGCAUCUUAUGACCCCCCGACAAACCCCUAAGGCCAAAGCGUACAAUGCAC